GAAACAAAACCGAAAAACAAAGAAAGCGAAACUGCUUUCGAAGAAAAGGCAGAACUCUACCGGAUUCGAUUCACCAGUCACUCUACUCUCUGAUUCGUCGUCAUUCAUGUUGCUUCUUCUUCCUCCUCAAUUCUAAAGGUUACUGUAUUGAUACCUGAGAGAGUUUGAAUAGUUUUUAAAUGGGGACAGGGAAUUCAAAGGAAAAUUGGAGACAAGAUUCUUCAUCAUCGUCUAGGUCAGCUUCAGCUUCAUCAGCAUCUUCAUCUUCAUGGGCUUCUCAUCAAAGCUAUCCUCAGUAUGGUCCUGAAAGUUAUACCUAUCCUCCUCCACCUUCAUAUGCUCCUCAACCUCCUGAGUAUACACAACGUCCUACUACACCUUCUUAUAGUACUCAGCCUUAUUCUCAGCCUCCUCCUCCUUCUCAAAGUUAUGGCAGUGAUAAGAAGAGGUUGGAGCGGAAGUACUCUAAAAUCUCUGAUGAUUACUCCUCUUUGGAGCAGGUGACGGAGGCUCUUGCGCGUGCAGGUCUAGAAUCUUCAAAUCUCAUUGUUGGUAUUGAUUUCACCAAGAGCAAUGAAUGGACAGGAGCCAGGUCCUUCAAUAGGAAAAGCCUACACUUCAUAGGCAGUAAUCCUAAUCCUUAUGAACAAGCCAUAACUAUCAUAGGGAGAACCUUAGCCGCCUUUGAUGAGGACAACUUGAUUCCAUGUUAUGGCUUUGGAGAUGCAUCAACACAUGAUCAAGAUGUGUUUAGUUUCAAUCCUGAGGAUAGGUUCUGUAAUGGAUUUGAGGAAGUACUUGGUCGUUAUAAAGAGAUCGUCCCUCAGCUUAAGCUAGCAGGUCCCACCUCAUUUGCUCCGAUCAUUGAUAUGGCUAUGACCAUUGUUGAGCAGAGUGGUGGCCAAUAUCACGUCUUAGUGAUAAUAGCAGAUGGGCAGGUUACAAGAAGUGUUGACACUGAAAAUGGACAACUAAGUCCGCAAGAACAGAAGACUGUGGAUGCUAUCGUGCAAGCAAGUAAGCUUCCUCUAUCAAUAGUCUUAGUUGGGGUUGGGGAUGGACCAUGGGACAUGAUGAGAGAGUUUGACGAUAACAUUCCCUCCCGAGCUUUUGAUAACUUCCAAUUUGUGAACUUCACAGAGAUCAUGUCAAAGAACAAAGCUCAGUCCUUUAAAGAAACAGAGUUUGCUCUUUCUGCUCUCAUGGAGAUUCCUCAACAAUACAAGGCCACAUUAGAGCUUAACCUUUUAGGAAGAAGAAAUGGGUAUAUACCGGAACGAUUCCCUCUUCCACCUCCAAUGCAGGGUGGAUACAGCAAGCCAAAGGCUACUCGUGUUCCAAGUUUCAAACCGAGUGUACCUCCUUAUCCAACUGAAAGCUAUCCAGUAAGGUCUAGUCCUGCACCACCAGCUACAACCUUUGCUUCUGAUAACCAGCUAUGUCCGAUUUGUCUGAGCAGCCCUAAAGACAUGGCUUUUGGUUGUGGUCAUCAGACUUGUUGCGAGUGUGGACCGGAUCUUCAAAUUUGUCCGAUAUGCCGUGCACCAAUCCAUACAAGAAUUAAGCUCUACUAGCAAGUAGACCAAGAUCCACAACCCUUGUCUCUUGUCCGUCUUUCUUGCAGUUUCUUUUUGGGGAUUUAGUUUGAUAUCUAAUCACUGAGCUUCCUCCUCCGAGAAAGAUGGGAAUCUUCUUUAUGUAAAAAGAAAAGUUACGUGUUAAGUUUGUUCGUUGGUUCACUUUCCUAACUUGAUCAUGUUCCACAAUAUUUGAAUUCUUUCAUUCUUCUUUGCUUUGGAGUAAAUGUUGUUGUCAAUGUGUGAUACUAAGUCCACCAUCUCUUUUGUUUUUCUGCUCUUUUGAUGAUUCUUGUUUCUGAUAAAUUUGAUUCUUGAAAUUUGUUGUAGUGACAAUUUACACUACUCACCAACCUUUU